ACUCAAGAGAUCCUGAAUUAGUUUUUGUAACUGAGUAUCAAUCUUCACUGACUUUUUUGUUGGCUUACAACCCCAAAUAAAAAAGCUAAAAAAAGAAAAAAAAGGAAAAUUAGAAAUACUUAUUUCUGUUUACAUGAAAAAUGGUAUCGAGCUCAAACUGAUCUUAACGAAGCUGGGAUAUUUGGGCCACAAAAGUUCGGUCCACAACAAGUCAUUUAAUAACCAACCCGACCCGCAUUCCAAAUGCCUCGUUUGGCUCUUCCAUUUGCUUUCUUCCCUCUCCCCUCGCCAUUGUCCCCCAAAGCCCCAAAUCCAGCUCCACAUUUGGCCAGAAACCGACGAUCUCCGGCGACUGCCUCAUGUCCGGCAAUGCGGCGUCGUCUUCACAACACUCUUCAGGUACAUUAUCACAGCCUUAACUUCUCCCAAAGCUCCCAGAGCUUUGAUCAUUUAACUCAGUUUUUGCCUCUUGCUUAUUCCAACUCGAAUUCUUUUUGCUCUGUGAACCCUAAUGAGCGUCGUAGAAUAACUGUUGGAUUGUCUAAGAUAAUCAAACACCCUCAAAAUCAUGUCUUGAUGGGAUUUUCUAGAGAAUUUUGCCCAUUCCUUCUUGCUAAGAUCAUUACACUAUUGGAGAACCGAGAGACCGCUUUUGCAUUCUUUAAAUUCGUGUUUAGGGAUGACUCUGUUGAGAUUGUAAGGUCCUGUUGCAUCACCGCGCAUGUUUUGGCUGCGCAGCAUCUUCGGUACCUCUCACAAGAUGUUGUUUCUUGUGUGAUGAAGAGGAUUGGAGUGUGUAGAAGUAGAGAAUUGGUGGAAUUUAUGUGGGCAGGUCACUUUGAGUACGAGUCUGAUUUUUCUGUCCUCGAUACGCUUAUGCGGUGUUUCUUGAAUGCGGAAAUGGUUACUGAGGCAUUGGAUGUUUUGGGUAAAAUGAGGGUGGCAGGAAUGAGACCGAGUGCAACAGCAAUUGUGAUUACAUUUAAGCUGUUGCUUAGAAUUGGUGAUUAUGGUAGCGUGUGGAAGUUGUUUAGGGAUAUAGUCCGCAAGGGGCCUAGACCAUCCAAUUAUGUGUUUAAUACAUUAAUUCUUGGGUUUUGUCGAAAAGGAUGUCUUAGAAUUGGAGAGAGUUUGUUGCAUGUGAUGGAAAAAUUCAGGUGCAAACCUGAUGUUUUUGGUUAUAACAUUGUGAUCAACGCUAAUUGCUUGAGGGGGCAGACUUCAAAUGCUUUUGAGUGGAAGCGUGUCAUGAUUCUAAGUGGUUGUAAACCGAGCACAGUUACGUAUAAUACACUCAUAAGUGCCUUAUGCAAGGAGGGAAAAGUAGUGGAAGCGAGGAAGUUAUUUGAUGAAAUCCUUGAUGAGGGUGUUUCUAUAAAUGCUGCAAUAUACAAUACCAUGAUGGAUGGAUAUGUUAAGGCAAGAGAAAUUGGUCAGGCAAAAAUUCUUUUUGAAGAAAUGAGGAGCAAGGGUAUAUCUCCUGACAGCAUAACAUUUAAUAUCUUGCUUGCUGGUCAUUACAAGUAUGGAAGGGAAGAGGAUGCAGAUAGGUUGUUAGAGGAUUUAUCCGUAUCUGGAUUGUUUCCCGAUAGUUCAUUAUGUGAUAUUUCAGUUGCACGUUUGUGUUGGGCAGGUCAAUUGGAUAAAGCCUUGGAACGUUUAGAGAAUAUGCUGGAGAAAGGAUUUCCUCUAACUGUGGUUGCUUUCAAUUCAAUUAUUGCAGCUUAUAGCAGGGCAGGAUUGGAAGAAAAAGCCUAUAAGGCCUAUAGAAUUAUGAUUAAAUUUGGUUUCAUGCCAUCAUCUUUGACAUGUAGUUCUUUGCUUAUGGUUUUGUCCAAGAAUGGGAGGCUAAGUGAGGCCAGAGAAGAAUUGUGUAUGAUGAUAGAGAAUGGUUUUUCUAUUAACAAAGUGGCUUUCACAGUGCUUUUGGAUGGAUAUUUGGGGAUAGGGGACUUGGGUGGGGCACAAAGUUUAUGGCAUGAGAUGAAAGUAAGAGGAAUUUUUCCUGAUGCUAUUGCCUUUGCAGCCUAUAUUAAUGGACUCUCUAAAGCAGGUUUGAUGGACGAGGCAUUUAACAAGUUUUCAGAGAUGUCGAGAAGGGAAUUUGUCCCUAAUAAUUUUUCAUAUAAUUCUUUAAUUUGUGGGUAUUGUAACAGUGGGAUGCUGAACAAGGCAUUGAAAUUAGAGAAAGAGAUGUGGCAAAAGGGUCUUCUACCAGAUAUCUUUACCGCCAAUAUUAUCAUUAAUGGGUACUGUAAGCAGGGAGGAAUGAAGUUUGCAAUUGAUUACAUGUAUCGGACCGGGUUGACUCCAGAUAUUGUUACUUAUAACACUUUAAUUGGGGGUUAUUGCAAAGCACUUGACAUGAUUAGUGCUGAGGAAUUAGUGAAUAAAAUGUAUGCCUGUGGAUGGGACCCAGAUAUCACAACCUAUAAUAUAUGCAUCCAUGGUUUUUGUAGCAGUCGGAAAAUAAAACAAGCUGUUAUGAUACUGAAUGAACUUGUUUCGGCAGGUGUUGUUCCGAACACAGUAACAUACAACACCAUGAUAAAUAGUAUCUGUGGAGACAUAAUGGAUUGUGCUUUGAUUUUAACUGCAAAAUUGCUUAAGAUGGCCAUCACUCCAAAUGUAGUUACUACGAAUAUAUUGUUGUCACACUUCUGCAGCCAGGGGAUGCCUGAGAGGGCCUUGAUGUGGGGACAGAAGUUGAGGGAGAUUUCCAUUGAUUUUGACGAAAUUACUGCUAGAAUACUAGAUAGGGCUUAUUACAAUAAACAAAAAAUUGCUUUAAAUUCAAAAGAUCCAUCUGGAAAAAGCAUGUUUCUGGAUUCUCUCAUGCACAUUACAUAUGAUUAUUUUGGUAGAAAUCAACCUUACAGAGAAAUAAGCUAGAAUCCUCUUAAACCAAUUGCAGUGGUUUUAGCGGGUUGUAAGUUGAGUUGCCAUUGAUUUAGCACUUCAGUUCUUGUUGUUUAGCACCAUGUAACACGAGUGAAUAUUGUUCCGGUUGCGAAUUUUUUAUGCAAUUGGAGCAAUGAUGUACAAGUAGCCGCAGUGGGGUAAUGAGAGAAAAGAAGCUUGGUUGAAGUGGUUUUGACUUUUUACAGAUAUUUGUUACUGCACGUGGAAAGAAGUGAAAAAAAGACGAAAAGCAAUGGUAACUAGAGGAAAAGAGAAGUGAGGCUGAUGAUAUGACAAAAGAUGCAACAGUCUGCAGUUGUUUUGAUGUUAUGUACCUCUAUAAAUCGGAACCCUCCAGGUAAUUGAAAUUGAAGUAGUUGGAUGUAAACUGUAAAAACCUGCCAAUCUCUAACAUGUAAGGAUGAUCCGUUUUUGAGUUGGUUUUUUUGGUUCUUAUGGAAUUACCCCUUGGUGCUCACCUUCUUUCCUGGAAAUUGUUUAGGCAACCAGCAUUUCUCCAGUGUACUUUAAUGUAUAAUAGAAACAACUGGUGUACAUCAUACACUGUAGUUCAUUUGAAAGCAACUCCAAGUCAAAUUGCUUGAUAUGUAGAGAUAUGAUACAUCAGGCCACUGAGUGGAUUAUAACUUUGCUCCAUGAUAAUCAAUCAACAGCAGUAGGCUUGUUUGUCUCUUGACAAGAACCUAGGACUGACAAUGAACAUGACUGCUGAUAGUUUCUCUUUCAAGGCCGAACAGGGUGGUUACUGUAGUUCAUUGGCAGAAAAAUAUUUUGAUAGGUUGUAACCUUAUCUUUUGUAUAGCCACAGAGUUGCUGCAAAUUAUUGACACUGUAAAUUGUGAGUUUGAGACCUAUCAUUGUUUAUGAGAAUGUUAAUAUUUCUCUUCGAUUAUAUUUUUCAUAAUUUAACUUUCUGAUUAGA